CCAGGGGAUCUGAAAAAAGGAACUUUAUCUAACUCCAUAGAUGAGGUUACGACAGAAGCUAAUAGAGUUGCUGAGCUGGACACUUGUUGUUUUCGAUCCUGGCGGGAUCCGUUUGCGAUGCGGAUGUUCUUUUUUUUUGCAGCUGAGCAGUCUUUCUGGGUGUGGAAUCUAUCUAGAGGUAACAAUGCCCGUGGAAAGAAUGCGAAUGCGGCCGUGGCUAGAAGAACAAAUAAAUUCGAAAAAAAUACCUGGUCUGAAAUGGUUAAAUGAGGAAAAGAAGAUUUUUCAGAUUCCUUGGAUGCAUGCUGCACGCCAUGGAUGGGAUGUAGAAAAAGAUGCUCCUUUAUUUAGAAACUGGGCCAUUCAUACAGGAAAGUACCAACCAGAAGUUGAUAAAGCAGAUCCAAAGACAUGGAAAGCAAAUUUUCGAUGUGCUAUGAACUCCCUACCUGACAUUGAAGAAGUCAAAGACAAAAGCAUAAAGAAAGGAAACAAUGCCUUUAGGGUAUACCGGAUGCUGCCAUUAUCUGAGAGGCCUUCCAAGAAAGGAAAGAAACCCAAGUCAGAUAAGGAAGACAAAGUGAAACAAAUCAAGCAAGAACCAGAGGAGUCAUCUUGUGAACUAAGUAAUGGAACAACUCAGACAUUUUCUGAUUACUGCUUAUCAUCUACUAUAAAAACUGAAGUCGACAGUACAAUAAACAUUGUAGUUGUAGGAGAACCGCACUUUGAAGGUGGUCCUGAGGAUCAUAUGAUAGUUCCCAAUCCUCCUGAUGUCUGCCAAGUGGUGGAGGUGAAAACAGAAUGUGAUGACCAGCCCAGCAGUAUGAGUCAACUAUAUCCACUUCAGAUCUCCCCAGUCUCUUCCUAUGCAGAAGAAAGUGAAACAACAGAUAGCAUCCCAAGUGAUGAAGAAAAUGCACAGGGUCAACUUCAGUGGCAAAAGGAAAACAUUGGCGGCAAACAAUACUAUAGCAACUUGGGGACAAAAAACCCUCCUUACCCACUUCCUGGUAUGGCUACCUUUGUGACUUCCAACAAGCCUGACCUCCAGGUAACCAUCAAAGAAGAAAGCUGUCCUCUGCCUUACAACACCUCAUGGCCUUUCCCAGACCUCCAACAAAUUGUGUGUUCAGCUUCUACCAGUUACAGUAGCCAGCCAGACCAUGAGAACCGGGCAAGCGUCAUCAAGAAGACGUCGGAUAUUACCCAGUCAAGGGUCAAGAGCAGCUAAGCCAUUAACGGACAUGUUCUCCGCUGGUUUUGCGUUGUGACUUUGAGAAGCACAUCAAAUGUACAUUCACAAAUCUAUGGGGAAAGCCUUGAUAAUAUAGAACCUGUCCAACUCCAAUACUGGAGCAUUUUAAACUCAGGACUCCAGCCAUCAGAAUGUAGACACAAAGCCAGGUGGAGAUCCAAGGUUACGGCCCAGGAAGAGAAGGCCCACAUAGGUAGGUUCCAGGGCUUCAGCAAGAGGACCAACAGCCCCCAAGUGGAAUUGCUGCACGUCUUGCAGUCAACACCGCAAUGGAACUGAAACCUCAGAUUGGAAGAGAAAAUGUGAACUAGCUGGAUUUUUUUUCAGAAUCUAUUGUGAAUAUGUACAUAGCGCAGUACUAGCAAUGUUGCAGUCUGCUUUUGCACCUUAUAAAAAAGCACUUGCAAAAAGGGCCUUCCAUUACCUUGCUCUAAUUAAUGACACACUUCAAGCCCUUCCUCCCACUCCCAACGUCUUCUCCUUGGCUAUUCUAGCUAAUGUGGCUUUGGACUAUGGAAAAAUGAAUUAAAUAGGAAGGUAAAAUCUUCCCAUGUACAUUUCAUAGGUUGUCUUUUUAAAAGAGUGCUUGUCUUAUGUGUCUAAUCUGCUAUGCUUGAAAGCUGUGUGGUACAAUAGAAGAAGAAAAUCUAUUACAGAUAUAUUAUGCAAAUUCCCAGGUUUUAAAGAAAAAAAGACCCCUCUAAUUCUAACCAGAGCAAGCUUUUUUAUUUUUUUAUACAGUGGAAUAUUUUAUUCAAAGUAAAAUUCUAAAGUGAAUAUAAUUGUUUCAGGUUUUUUAUCUUUUCUACCACAAAUUUAUAAUUUUACAAUUCAGUGUCUUAGUUGUCAGCAACUAUUACAUCUUUCUGACACAUUUUCCUUAUUUCCUUUUUUUAUUUCUCUCUCUCUCUCUCUCUCUCUCUCUCUCUCUCUCUCUCUCUCUCUCUUUACAAUUUGUAAAGGUGAAACAGCUUUUAAUGAAUUUAUGUAGCAAUCAAACUAUCCUGUGGAUUGAUAAUAAAUAUUAUACAGUUAAGUUUUUAAAUAAACACCUUGUCUGUAUUUAUGAGAUAAAAAGUUUCUAGAGUGUGAAAAGUUAAGGUGGUAUGUUUCCUUUAGAAAUAUAUAUUAAAAGAAUAGCUUCUUUAUUUAGAAAUAUACAAUGUGUUUUGCAUUAAUUGAGAGGCAGCAUAAGGCAUGUGCCAACACAGAGCAGAGAUAGGAAGAAGCAGUGAAAGGCUGAUCUAAAAAUUAGGGAAAUACUGUAGUCCAAACAAAGUUAAAUACACUAUAAGCCCCGUGUAUUUUGAUUCAAGAAUUAAGCAUGUGCUCGGUGCCUUCCAUUUAAAUCAGCUGAAUUUCAAAGUGCUUACAUGCCCCAGAGCUUUACAAAAAAUAAAAAAAAAUACCACAAUAUGACA